AUGGACCAGACAACAGCGGCGCGGACUGCUAGCCGUGACCUCACCACAGAAACAUCCUUAGAGCAACUGGAGAGAAUUGGGAUGGGCUUCUGCGGCAGCGUCUGGGCCGAUGUGAAUUCUUCAGCCAACCAGACUGCUUCAUGCAUGAAACGAGAGGAUGGCGGCCCUGGCAGAUCGAUAACCAACGAGUACCAUAUCCAUCGGCUCGUGAACAAUGCUGUCAACUCAAAUCCCCGACACGCCGCCAGCUUUCGCAUCCCUUUAUGUCGCGGUUUUCUCAAGAAAAGCGACGCAGACUGGUCGAAGAUCCUGUUGCGACUGCCACCAGGCUCCACGCCCUGCAACGCGCUGCUCAGCGAGAAGGUUCAGCCAGUGUCAGAGACCGCCCGAAGAUUGCUGGCGGUCAAUUACGCAAAGGACCAUGAUAGUGAGUUGAUUGUGGGCGACAAGAAGAACGAGCACUGCCUCAUCCGACCAUACCUUGGCCGCAGGAGACACGGCUGA